AUGACUACUAACAACGAUACAAUAGUCAAUACUAUUCAUCAACUAGAAACACUUCUAUUUCAUGAUGAUAUACUGAAUGAAAUAGAGUCUCAUCCAUUAAUUAAUCUUCGUGAUCAAUUGCAAAAAAUCGAUGAUGAAUGGAAUUCAAGGACGAUUGAUGAAUACCAAAAACUUAUGUCUAUUCUUAUUUAUUUUGAAAUAAAUUCCUUUUAUCAUUUUAUCAAACGAUAUUCUUCAAUAAUUCCAUCUACUCUUCUAACAGCUCUAUUCGAUGUAAUUCGUUUUCAAAUGUAUAUAAAUAUGGCAAUAUAUCCAGAGUCAUGCGAUUAUUAUUUUGAUUUAUCACUUACUUAUUUAAUUGAUGAUUCAACAAUUAAUUACAUUAUGGAUAAGAAAAACAUUCUAUCAAAUAUAAAUGAACAUUUUCUUAAUUUUUUUACUUCACUUGGUGCACGAUCGCUUUAUACAAAAGGACGUAUUGCUUAUUCAAUAUAUGUUUCACAUAAAAAUAUUCCAACAUUUUUUCAAUUGAAUAAUUCAACCGAGCUACUUUUACGAGCGUUUUUAACGUAUUUAAAUAAUUAUUUUUUAAAUAAUCAUCAACAAUCUCAGGCAUAUCUAUCGAUUUUAAAUUGGAUUCAUAAUAUGGCAGAUAUCUAUGGAUUUGUUCCCUAUUUUAUUAAAAUUGGUUAUCCAAAUACUAUUAUACAAUGGAUGUCAAGUGAACAAGAUCAUACAAAAAAUAUUUCUCUUGAAUCAUGGUCUUCGAUUAUUAGUAUAUUAUAUAAUCUAGCUCGGCAUCCCAUUGGGGUGAAAGAAUUGAAUGAGUUAAAAAUGAUUGAUAUUCUCCAACAAUGGAAAGAACGAUAUAUGUCCGAAACAUUACUUGUUGAUUAUAAUGAAACCAAUAAAGAGAUUCUUAUAGCUUAUUAUCUUCUUUAUGCAGCAUUAUUGAAACCGAAAGAAUUAAAAAAAGAAAGUAUAUCUAAUAUUCAAACAAUUCUCGAUUAUGUUCUUGAACAAACAAUGAAAGCAUUUGAUUCUAAUGAUCUUUGCUUUGGUUCAUAUAAUGUUUGUGAAUAUUUAGACGGACUGGCUAAAUGA